UUAAUGGUCUUAGUGACUUUUCUUUCAGAAGAAUGGCUGGAGCAGAAUGAGGGAGGCUUUAGCUGGACAAAUGAGUACUCUUUCUCUGAAGAGGGAAGGAGAUAUCAUGAGCAAGACACUCGCAGUGCUCACUAGGCAACAGAAUAGAAACCGGGGAUACAAGAACCUUGCCACAUGGCACAUAGUGCACCGAGGCAUUAAAUAUUAUGCAGACCCAGUCUGAUGAGGCUUUAAUACUGGAUGCAUCCUGGAAGCCACUGGGGGCAGUGAUCAAAAUCAACUUGGACAAGUGACAAGCCUGAGUCUGAUAUUGGUAGAGUUGUUCUGAGGUAGUUUUCGAGGUGAGGACUAGAGGUCACGAGGGAGAGAUGGAAACUAAGUGACAGACUAAAGAAGGGGGAGAAAGGAAACUGUAAAUGGAGAGCGGCGGCGGCGGCGGCGGCGGCGCCGGAACCCAGCUUGUGGGUCGGAGCGGCGGCGGCAGCAGCGGCAGUGGCGGCUGUGGCUGCAGUCCUGGCCCGGGCCCCGGCCCCGCCGCGGACGCGAGUGGAGGAGAGGCACGAAAGGCAAGAGAGACACAAGAGGCAGGCAAGCUGGCGAGGCGAGGGAUGGAGCCGCGGGCGCUCAUCACGGCGCUUAGCCUGUGCCUGAGCCUCUGCUCUCUGGGGCUGCUCGUCACGGCCAUCUUCACCGACCACUGGUAUGAGACGGACCCCCGGCGGCACAAGGAGAGCUGCGAACGGAGCCGCGCGGGCGCCGACCCCCCGGAUCAAAAGAACCGUCUCAUGCCCCUGUCCCACCUGCCGCUGCGGGACUCGUCCCCACACGGCCGUAAGCUGCUCCCGGGCUGGCGCAGCCCCGCGGCCCCCGAGGCGGCGUCGGCCGGAGGAGGAGGCGCUGGCAGCCCGGGUGGUGGCGGUGGCAGCAGCGGGGGCAGCAGCCGUGGCGCCGGGCGGCCGGAGGACGAGCUGCUGCUGCUGGAGCACUGGCGGUCCCUCCUGGGGCUCGGCGUGCUGGAGUCCGAGUGUGGCCGCCCGCUCUUCGCCACCUACUCCGGCCUCUGGAGGAAGUGCUACUUCCUGGGCAUCGAUAGGGACAUUGACAACCUGAUCCUCAAAGGUAUUGCCCAGAGAUGCACAGCUAUCAAGUAUCACUUUUCUCAGCCAAUCCGCUUGCGAAACAUUCCCUUUAAUUUAACCAAGACAAUCCAGCAAGACGAGUGGCACCUGCUUCACUUACGAAGAAUCACAGCAGGCUUCCUGGGAAUGGCUGCAGCCGUGCUUCUCUGUGGUUGCAUCGUAGCUACUGUCAGUUUCUUUUGGGAGGAAAGUCUGACCCAGCAUGUGGCAGGACUACUUUUCCUUAUGACAGGGAUAUUUUGCACUAUUUCUCUGUGCACGUAUGCUGCCAGUAUCUCCUAUGAUUUGAACCGGCUCCCAAAAUUAAUUUAUAGCCUGCCCGAUGAUGUGGACCACGGCUAUAGCUGGUCUAUAUUUUGUGCUUGGUGUAGUCUAGGCUUUAUUGUAGCAGCUGGAGGACUUUGCACUGCCUACCCAUUUGUUAGCCGGACCAAGAUUGCACACCUAAAGUCUGCCAGGGACUCCACGGUCUGAUUGUUUCUGUGCAAAUUCAGUGCUCACCAGCCUGUUUGGGGCUUCGAGGACUUCUGAAAAGCGUUGAGUUGACACUCAAGUGUGGAAUCCAAGCACAAAUGGAUCCUUUACAUUCCAGCAUGUCUUCUGCCAGCCACGAGGGAGGCAAGAGAGAUUCUACUGCUUUUCCUGGAUGACUGGCAUCAAAGAGAAAGCCCGCAGCCAUUCUAUGGACAUGAAUCCUGUGGAAUUAAGUGCUUUAAUGAAUUAACGUAUGCAGUUUUCUGUAACGUUUGGAUCUGUCAUAUGGGGGCAGCACCGUGGAACAUUCCUUGGGCCAAUAAAGGGGGGGGGAUCCUUUUGGGUAAAAAAAAAGGGGGAUAAUUUGCAUUUAUUUCAGAAAGUUUGUACAUAGCCAUUGCCCAAGGGAGUGAUUUCUAUUUGCAAAAUGAUUCCUAGCAAAGCAAACCUACUUUGCUUGUCAUUUACUGUACGCUUGCUAAGUUUUAAUGCAACAUCCUGAACUCAAAGCUGACUGUCCUGAUGGUGUCUUGUGUCAUCACCAAAUAUAUCUGUAUUCUUUGUGGAUAUUCUUUGUCUAAGGAAGAUUCUUGCUCGGUUGGCUUUUAUUGAAGUCCCUUCUGUGUCUUUUUACUAGACCCAAAAUGAUGUAUGAAAAAACAAAAUCUACUGUGUAAGAGAUAGUAAGUGACUAUGCAGUAUUGUUUGAAGUCAUGUCUUGCCGUGCAAUUUCAGUCUCUUUAUGUUAACUGGAUUUCAGUAUUAAAUGACUCCCCCCUUGUUA